ACUGCUUCACUCGGACUCAAGUUGCCAUCUCAGCUCUUAUCGCACCUCACCAUCUUCCUGUUAUCUCUGGCAAUCCUCCAUACUAUACUCCCACCAUCUCCAAGUGCCAGCAGGGAAACCUGACAGAGCCUCUACUGGGAAAGUUUCCCAGCUGCGAUUCCAAGGUGCUCGAGGAUAUCGUGUCUACUGGAGUACAGUACUUCAAAGUUCAACCACCAAGCAAGUGUCGAGGACACUGUAAACUUGCGUGUGCCAAUUACACACGCAAGCCAAGUACGCUUCCUCGCUCGAGCUUAUAAAGUAAACUCAUCCAUCCUCACUCCUGCACCAUGGGGCCUCUACACAGCAAUGGGCACACCACGCCCCCUUACAACACCAUUCUCCCCGAGUCUCGCGUCCUCAUCAUUGGCACGGGAGGCACCAUCUGUAUGCAAGAAGGGCCAGAUGGGCUUCAACCGUCCGAGGGAUUCAUGGACAGUGCCAUGGCACCCCGCCCAUCGUUCAACGAUCAGUCAGGCCCGUCCUUGGGCCUCCCAGCCAAGCACAAGGGCAAGGACAUCACGGUACCGUCCCUGCGCACGCCUCCGACCGCGUACAACCGCCACAUUCGCUACGGCAUGGUCGAGUUCGAUCCCCUCCUGGACUCUUCGUCCAUGUCGGCGAGUGACUGGGCCGCCAUUGCCCUCGCCGUCCAGGAGAACUACCACCUCUUUGACGGCUUCGUCAUCUUGCACGGCACCGACUCUCUGGCCCACACAGCCUCGGCUCUCUCCUUCAUGAUGAACAACCUGGGCAAGCCCGUCAUCUUGACAGGCUCCCAGGCGCCCAUCUUUGCACUCCAGUCCGAUGCCGUCGACAACCUCCUGGGCUCCCUCAUCAUCGCGGGCACAUUCGUCAUCCCCGAGGUGUCACUCUUCUUCCACCACAAACUGUACCGCGGGAACCGGACGACAAAGGUCUCGUCAGCCUCCUUUGAGGCCUUCGCUUCGCCCAACUGCGAGCCCCUGGCGCGGGUCAACGGGCUGGGCAUCGAUGUCAACUGGCCUCUCGUUCUCCGGCCCACGACCAUAUCCCCUCUAUCCGUAGCGACAGACCUAGACACGACCCACGUCGCAUCUCUGCGCAUCUUCCCAGGCAUCAAGGCGGAGAUGCUCGACGCCGUCCUGCGUCUGCCUGAUCUCCGAGGCCUGAUUCUCGAGACAUUCGGCAUGGGCAACGUGCCCGGCGGCGCAGACGGGCCCCUGACCCGUGUCAUCAAGUCCGCCAUUGAACGCGGCGUCAUCGUCAUGAAUGUCUCCCAGUGCGUGGCGGGCUUCGUAUCGCCAGUCUACGCACCCGGCACCCACCUCGGCCGUGCCGGUGUCGUCUUCGGUCUAGACUUGACGGUCGAGGCAGCUCUCACCAAACUCUCCUACCUCCUCGCUCAGCCAGGGCUUUCCAAGGCGGAAAUCACGGCUCGUCUCGCGCGCCCCAUACGCGGCGAGAUGACCGAGGUGCCACAACCGAGCUUCUCGCACCCUGCUUCGUCGCUCUCGGCUGCGUCCGAACGUCUCACGGUCGAGAAGUCCGCCUUUGCAGCGCUUGGGUACGCCAUCGAGGAAGGCGACGCCGCUGCGGUGCGUGACCUGCUCCAGGGGGAUGGCGCGCAGUUGUUGACACAAGCCGACUACGCGGGGAACACCGCCGUGCAUCUGGCAGCGGUAACAGGCAAUGUCGGCAUCGUAAGGGACCUGCUCGAGCGCGGGGCCAGCGUCCACGAACGCAACAAGGCAAACAACUCGCCACUCUUUCUGGCUUCUCUGUCAGGGAAAGAUGAGUGCGCGCAGCUCCUCAAGCAGGCCGGUGCGCACCUCUCGGUGGAGGAGAUUGAAAGGGGUCCGUGGAAGUCUUCGGCCUGAUGAGGCGAGCUCCAAAAUGGAAUUGAUUGCCACAACAGCGUAUAAAGUAGAAUUUCGCCAUAGAACUCACAUACUGCCUCGCAAUUUCUAAAGCUGCCAACCCAUGGUGAAUAAAUACUUGCUUGACAAACUUUCUUCAAUUCUACCCAUCGCCCCCAUGUGUUCUGUUCCCUCGCGUAGUGUACAGCAACAAUGCAGAUGAGCCAAUGCAGCAAACUUGCUCUACAGAGCACAUGUCUAACCUGGCUUUCCAGCCUUCUGGCACUGCUUAUCGAAGGAAAAGAUCGCCACCUCCAUUUCUAACAGACCUCGAUCGGUCUACGUGAUCCAAACCAAGGUAAUCGUCUUCCGUGGUGGCAACGCUCCACAGUUCAUCGUCUGUCCAGAAAGUCAGCGUGGUUCCCAUACGCAUGGCGACAUUAA